ACGCACUUGAAGAAGAAAAUUCUGAUAUUCAGUCAAGAUUAAAUUGAGCUUAUUUUUUAUAUUUUAAGUAAUUCCAGAUUGCACAAAAUACUAGGUAACUACAUAAGACUUAAGUUGACUUUUUGCGUGGCGCAGACACUGGGGUUUGAGAAUGGAUUUACUACCUUUGCAUUCCCUAUGUUGGCUUCUGGUUAAAUGCAGUCACCAUAAUUAGGAUAAAAAGAGAUGAAUUUAUCCUCUGUUUAUAGAAAUGUUUAUCAAAGCAGUAAGGAAACUAUUUCUAAACAAGUGGACAUUAACCUUCUUUGUCGGCGUAGAUAGGCAACUGUUUUUUUUUUUUUUUUUUUUAAGAUGGAGUUUCGCUCUUGUUGCCCAGGUUGGAGUGCAGUGGUGCAAUCUCCGCUCGCAGCAGUCUCUGCCUUCCGGGUUCAAGCAGUUCUGCUUCAGCCUCCCUAGUAGCUGGCAUUAGAGGCAUGAGUCACUGCACCCGGCCAUAGGCAACAUUUUUAUUAAAGCAGUCCAGAUAACCCUGAGCCAAAGACCAUAAUCAUGUCUUUUAAUCCCAUCUGCCUCCUAAGAAAAGGAAAAAAUUCAUACAUUCAUGGCAGGAGGGCAUAUGAUAGGUCCCCUCCAGGUGACAGAAAUCCCUCCUACUGGGCCAUCUAUCACAACUGUUCAUAUAAAAAGAAUUGUCUUUCUGAUGAAAAUAACGUUUUGAUAUUAGUGUAGAUAACUAAGGUAUUUGAGGACCUUAGAAAUCACUUGGCUUAUUAUGCAUAAGUUGUCUUGCAUCUGGCUUUCUACUUUUGGCUCCAGUGUUAGAGAACACGUCUUUUGGAGCAGCCUGUUAAUUUUGAAUAUCUGUUAGAAAUUUAGCCAUUCAUCCAAUAUGGCAAUGGAAAGUGCCUACUAUAGUACAGAUGCUGGGAAUGCAAAAUUAGAUACGACACAUGGGAAAUUAGUUUUAAAAUAAUAUAUAUUGCCCCAAGCCAUUUCUGCUAUCUAAGGUCAUGUUAAAUAAGCCUAAACCCUAAUCCAAAUGUUGGCCCUUCACGUAGUGAAAAUAGCUUAUAGUGGAGAAUCAUAUAAAAGAAUUGAAUGGAGCAGCCAUCUAAGUGUAGCGAAGAUUCGUGUGGAGGGCACACUUCGAUUAAACCCCCACAGUGGAUACUCAGCCAAGGAAAUGGAGAAAAUAUGUAGAUAUUUUGUAUACAAAUUUAAGUUAUGUCUGCUAAUCACAAGGCAAUGGCACAAAGGGCCAGAAGUGUUUUGCUCAGGUAGCUAGGAUAUAUAGAACAGCCCGAGAAGUCAGGGUAACUUCUCAGACUUUAUAACUGUGCAAGCUGGUAACAUGUUUGUCCACCAGUGAUAGCCAUUGGACUGAGGGAGCUACAUUAGCUGGCACCAACUACCAGUACUUCUUUGUCAACCUGCUGUUGCUAAAAGAAAAAUCUCUAUGAUGUAUCUCUGAUAAUUUUAAAUAAAUUUUAGUAAUGACUACAUAUUUGAGUCUGAUAAUUUCAUGCAGUUUGCCAGGCUGUUCCAUUCAGUUAGCAGCAGCAGCUAAGACUAUAAAAGUUUGCAAGUGAGACCAAGAAAUGGGAAGGAUGAGGAUAUGCCACAGUGACCUGACACUUGCUGGCUUUCCAUCUUCUGUGAGAGCUAUGACCAGCUAUUCUCAGCGAGAUGUGGAAAAUGCCUGGUUUUCAUUUUUUUAUUAUUAUUAUUUAUUUAUUUAUUUAUUUUGACACAGGGUUUCACUCUUACCUAGGCUGGAGUACAGAGGCAUGAUCUUGGCUCACUGCAGCCUUGACCUCCCACCUCAAGGAUCACAGGCUGAAGUGAUCCUCCCACCUCAGCCUUGUUGGUAGGUGUGGACUACAGGUGCACACCACCACACAAGCCAAUUUUUUAUAUUUCUUUGUAGAGACAGUUUCACUCAGGCUGGUCAGGAACUCCUGAGCUCAAGCAAUCCUCUCACCUCAGGCUCCCAAAGUGCUGCUGUUACAUUGGUACCUGUUUUUUUUGUUUUUUUUUUUUUAAAGGAAAAUAACAGUGUAACGGGAAGACAGCAAUAGGGUUAUUGCUUCUAAACUGUGGAGUCAGUUAAAUAGGUUAGCAGCGGUUUCCAGUUGAAUCAUAAAACAGGAAGUUGACUGGAAUUUGGGCAGUUUAUUUGGGAAGACAGAUGAUUCUGACAUGUGAUAUGAAAAUUUCUGGGAUCAUUAGGGGAGUUAGGCUCUAUAUAACAAUAAUCAUUCAGAAGGGACUCAGGAUACUGGUUAGCCUAACAAGAUUAAAACUAGCUUUUUAGUAUGCACAGAAACCAAAUAAAACUCUUAAAAUGAGUGUUGCAGUUAAUAAAUUAAGGAGCUGUAGUAUAGUUUUGCUUGGGGGGAAAUUGUUAAGUUUGGGUAACUGCUCAGCCUAUGCCUAAUAUAUUACCCUUCCAUCUAUGGUGUCAGCUGUGGGACCUGACACUGCAAUGUAUCAGCUGAUCGUUCUGGUUUGCAAUAUAUUAAUUACGCAAUGAAUCAGUAGGGGCAACUUCCUUUGAGAGUUCUAGCAAAAAAAAGACCCUAGUUGGGCUUUAUGGUUGCACCCUGAGUAACCAGAAUGGCCCGAGUGCUCAUUGGCAGAGCUCAGGGUGCAGCCACUACCUGGAGAAUCCUAAUUUCUGAAUUAAUUGAAGACUGGCAUUAAUGUUGGCCACAGACAAUGCAUUCCAUGUAGACUCACUGCAAAGUGUGUUAUAUGAUAUUGGUCCCUGUCUCCCUAGUUGGUACUGAAGUAAACUUUCCCAUGGCUUGAAAGCUUUAAUGCAGAGCCCAGUUUCCUUCUUUGAAUGCCAUUUUUCUAUGUUGGUCACAUUCUACUUUGGACACAUUUCUUUAAAUGUGUUGGGUUGCCAGAUUUAGCAAACAGAAAUACAGGACACCCAAAUAAAUUUGAAUUCCAGAUAAAUAAUGAAAUACAGCACAUAUACCAGAAAAAAGUUAUUUAUCUGAAAUUCAAAUUUAGUUUUUUGCAUUUUAUCUCCAACCCUAUAAAUGUGUUAGUGGCAUGGAUUAAGCUUGCGUUUUAGUCAUAUAGUUGUUCCCAGGAACUGACUUUUUUCAUUAUGUGUUUUGUUGUUUGUUUUUGAGUCGGAGUUUUGCACUUAUUGCCUAGACUGGAGUGCAAUGGCAUGAUCUCGGCUUACUGCAACCUCCACCUCCCAGGUUCAAGUUAUUUUCCUGCCUCAGCCUCCCAAGUAGCUGGGAUUACAGACAUGCGCCAUCACGCCCAUCUAAUUUUGUACUUUUGGUAGAGUUGGGGUUUCUCCAUGUUGGUCAGACUUGUCUUGAACUCCUGACCUCGGGUGAUCUGCCCGCCUCAGCUCCCAAAGUGUUGGGAUUAUAGGCAUGAGCCACUGCUCCCAGCCUACGUGUUGUUUUUUUAUACCUAAAUAAUUGAUUGGUAGCCAGGAGCAGUACUGUGCACACCUAUAGUCCCAGCUACUCAGGAGGCUACAUUGGGAGGAUUGCUUGAGCUGAGGAGUUUAAGGUUGUGGUGAGUUAUGAUCAUGCCACUGCACUCCAACAUGGGCACCAGAGCAAGUGCUCGUCUCUAAAAUAAUAAUAUCUAAUAAUAAGAGAUUGGGGGUGAGGGAGGCUCAUACAUAGUGAUCCAAGGUUAGAACUGUUGUUGAGCAUUAGAAGACAAGGCCAUUGCAGAUACUAGAUUUUUUAGAGGAGACAGGUGAUAUUUAGCUAAAAUAACCACAUAACCGUUACAAUGUUUGCAAACAAAUUUUUUAAAUGCUGUCUCAAUAGUAGGUAGUUUGGGCUUGUGGUUUUUUUGUCUGUGUAUGUUUUAAGCAGUUACUUUCUCACUCUUCUAUACCAUGAAGGGAAAGUAUAUCACUUUAAAAAAAAAUACUUGAUAGAUAGUACAGUUAUGGCAGCCAUUCACAAAUUUGGAACACCUGUCUUUGCCUUCCAGAACGCCCACCAAAGACUCAGGGAUUUGAAAGGCACGAGAUACCCUGGAAGGUGGGAGUAAUAAACAAUAAUGCCCUUGAAAUAAAGGAGGCCUCCAAAGGAUGUGCUUCACCAAAAUGAGGGAGUAAUCUAAGUGAGAAGGCAUGGGAUCCUGAAACUAAAAGAUGUCACAAAGGAAAACGAGGGAAGUCCUAGGAUGACUACUGUGUCAAGUAUGGUGGCAUGCACCUAUGGUCCCAGCUAUUCAGGAGGCCGAGAUGGAAGGAUCACUUGAGUCCACACCACAAUACUGCAGCCUGGACUACCGAGUAAGAGACCUGGUCUUUUUUAAAAAAUCAGGUGAUUUAUGCCCUGAACACCCGCCAGGAUGAGGCUGAGGCCAGCAUGGAGGCACUCCGGGACGCGCACCAGGAGGAGCUCCAGAAUGCCGUGGCAGAGACCAAGGCCAGGCUCCUGCAGGAACAGGGCUGUGUGGAGGAGGAGGCCCUUCUCCAGCGCAUCCAGGCCCUGGAGAGUGCCCUGGAGCUGCAGAAGAGGCUGACGCAGGAGGCGCUGGCCGAGUCGGCCUCGUGCAGGCUGGAGACCAAGGAGAGAGAGCUGAGAGUGGAGGCAGAGCACGCCGAGCGGGUCCUCACGCUCUCCAGGGAAAUGCUGGAGCUCAAGGCUGACUAUGAGAGGAGGCUCCAGCACCUGACGAGCCACGAGGCUUCCCUGCGGGGCCAGCUGCCCCAGGAGAGCCCUGACACCAAGUCAGAGCCAGGCCAGGGCCCGGAGAUGCAGGAGGUCCUGCUAGAGGUGCAGCGGCUGCGAGUGGAGAACCAGCAGCUGAGCAAGGACUACGCCCGCAAGGCCGAGGAGCUGCAGGCCACCUACGAGCGGGAAAACGAGGCCAUCCGGCAGGCCAUGCAGCAGUCGGUGAGCCAGGCCCUGUGGCAAUGGCAGGAGAAGGAGUCAGACCUCCGCAAGAACUUCCAGGUCCAGGAGUCUGCCCUGCAGGCUCAGGUCCGGAAGCUGGAAGGAGACCUGGAGCACAGAGGCCGCAAGAUCAGUGACCUGAAGAAGUACGCCCAGAAGCUGAAGGAGAGGAUUCAGGACCUGGAUGUGCAGCUCAAGGAGGCUCGACAGGAGAAUUCAGAGUUGAAAAGCACUGCAAAAAAACUUGGGGAAAAGCUGGCUGUUGCCAAAGACAGAAUGAUGCUGCAGGAGUGUCGUGGGACACAGAAGACAGAUGACAUGAAGACUGAGCUAGUUUCCGAGAAUGAAGUCCUGGGGGAAGAGAAUGACUUGGAAACCCACAAUCUUCAUCCUCAGCAGGAUCAAAGCUAUCUCAAGGAGUGUCCUUGCAUGAAAGGAAGCACAGACACACAGACCAAGAAAGAGGCAAGUGUUGAGACAGAAUAUAUGAAGCAACAAUAUGAAGAAGACCUCCGUAAAAUCAAACAUCAGACAGAAGAGGAGAAGAAACAUCUCAAAGACCAGCUGGUGAAGCGGCUGGAAGACUUGGUAAAGAAUCACACCAUGGAAAUCAAAUCAGUUCGCUCAUCCGUGGAGGCUGAAAGAAAGAAACUGCAGAAGGAAGUAGAAGCACAGUUGGAGGAAGUGAGAAAGAAAUCAGAAGAGGAGAUAAAGCAGCUAGAAGAAGAGAAAGCAGCCCUCAGUGUGAAGCUCCAGAAUUCUCUGCUCGAGAUUUUAAGGCUGGAAGAAUUUAUCCAACAAAAUAAGGCACGCCCCACAAGAGCUGAGGAAAGGCCCCAGGAAUUAGGCUGCCAGCGCUGCAGCAUUCUGGAGAACCAGGAUCCAUGCUUGAAGCUGAAUGAAACUUCGCCGAGAGGAGAGGAGUGUCAAGAUAAGUUAGCAGCUGAAGAAGGAACCAGCAGUGAUGAAGAAGAAAGGAUCAAAAUGUCCCUCAAGGAGGGAAGUGACCCGCAACCUCCACUGGACUCUUUGUUGAAGGAGAACGCAUCCGAAAUCCAGCAUCUACAGGAGGACUGGCAAAGCCAGAAGGCCAAACUGCAAGCCCAGGUCUCGCAGAUGCAGCAGGCUCUGGAGCAGUGCACCAGCAACUACAGGGAGGACCUGCAGGCGCUCAAGCAGCUCUCGGACCUCGAGAGGGAGAAGCUGCAGCGUAAGCUCCAGGAGAGCACUCAGCAGAACCAGGCCGUGAAAGCCCAACUCGAGGCUUCCCACCAGAGAGCCCUGCGCAUGCUGGAGAAGUCCAGACAUCAGGAACUCAAGGCCACAGAGGAACGCUUGAAGAAGGAAUCCAGCCACAGCCUCCAGAUCCAACACCAGGCGCACCGGCUGGAGCUCCAGGCCUUGGAGGAAAAGGCCAGGCAAGAGCUGCAGGAGGAGCGUGAGAGGAUGCAGGCCCAGCAGGCCCUGCUGCUAGAGUCCCUCAGGCAGGAGCUGUCAGAGCAGCAAGCUGCCUGCUCUGGGCACCAGAAGGACUUGGAGGCGCUGCAGGCUGAGCUGAGGGCUCUGGGCCGACAUCAAGCCAGCAGCCAGUGUCCAGGGGACAGCGAGGACCACACCAUCGCCACAGAGGAACGGGGUGGCCCGGGUCAGGCCGGCUUCCCACCGGGCGCUGCUGGGCAGGGUCCGGGCGAGGGAUGCAGGCUCUGGGAGGAGAACGCGCAGCUCCAGGACGCGGUGCGGCGGCUGCGUUCGGAGGUGGAGCAGCAUCAGCAGGAGGCGCAGCAGCUCCGUGACCAGCGCAGGUUGCUGGAGGAGAAUCAGCAAGCCCAGCGGGCCAGGGAGGUAGAGACACUCCGCCAGGAACACCGGAAGGAGAUGCAGGCCAUGGUGGCCGAUUUCAGUAGUGCUCAGGCCCAGCUCCAGGCCCGGCUGGCAGCCCUGGAAGCCGAACUGAAAGAUUCUGGAGAGAAGCCAGGGAAGGGAGCGUCCAGGCCUGAGGACCUUCAGCUCAUAGGCCGCCUGCAGACCCGGCUGAAGGAGAGAGAGGACAUCAUCAGGCAGCUCACGGAAGAGAGAAGAUUUCACUACACAGCAUUCCCCAGUGCAAUGUCCCACCGGAAUCGAUCUUUUUCUUUCAAUCCUCACCCGGGAUAUUUGACUCCUUCCAUGAAGAAAAAGAAGCUGGAGGACGUGCCCAGCCGCGUGGUCAGCGUGCCGAACCUUGCCUCCUACGCAAAGAACUUUCUGAGUGGCGAUCUGAGCUCCAGGAUUAAUGCCCCUCCGAUAACUAAAUCACCCAGCUUGGAUCCAAGCCCCAGCUGUGGCCGGCCCUACAAACCCAACCAGUCUCUGGAUGCAAAAACUGCCUCAAGGACACCAAACGGUGAAACGGAUCAACCCAAAGAAGGCCAGCAGAAACAGGGCUCUCCGCACCAGGAAUGGUUUACCAAGUACUUUUCUUUCUAAGCUCAUCUUUCAGAUACAUCACAAAGAGGAUACCUGAAAAACAUUUCUUUUAAAUCAUCUGAUUGAAGGAAUGAACUAAAACCAACCAACCAAAUAAUAUGCUUGUAAUAUGAUUUAUAUAUGAUAGCUAAAACAAAUUUUGGCAUUAACAUUUCAUACUGUUCUGCCAGGCACCGUGGCUAAUGCCUGUAAUCCCAGCACUUUGGGAGGCUGAGGCAGACAGAUCACUUGAGUCCAGGAAUUUGAGACCAGCCUGGGCAAUAUGGUGAAACCCCGUCUCUACAAAACAUACAAAAAUUAGCCAGGCAUGGCGCAUGUGCCUGUGGCCCCAGGUACUUGGGGGGCUGAGGUGAGAGGAUUACUUGAACCUGGGAGGCAGAGGUUGCAGUGAGCCAAGGUCGAACUUCUGCACUCCAACCAAGCUGGGUGACAGAGGGAGACCCUGUCUCAAGAAACAGAAGAAGAAAUCAUAUUCUUCCAUGGUGAUAGUUCAUGAUAAAUAUCUUGACAUUAAACAAACCAGUGUUAUUCAAAAGCAUCUACAGGGAAAUGUCAUUAGCAUUACUAAUGACCUAUAUUGUAUUUCUAGUGUCCAUAACAUCAUACUCCAUUUUGUGGAAUAUCAGACUUUGUGAUUUCCAUGAUCUACUUUAAAAGUGGUUUACUUGUCCUUAGGAUAGUCAACUUACUGAUGAGGUUUUCUAUGUAAAAUGAUACAAUUCCAAAAUGCACAUCUAACCUCAAUAAGAAGACGAAUAAAAGUUCAAAAUAAACAAGAAAGCCAACUAAAAAGAAAACAAACCAAACCUACCAGAAAUGGAUGGUAGCAUGCUUGGAUUGAGUAUUUUCACUUGCUUGGUCUAAGACAAGCAGCAGAAUAUAUAUAGAUGGGAUAACACCUACCUCUAAAAGGGCUUUGAAAGGAUUAAGCAAGAUAAUGUAAGUUAACAUGAAUUCGAAGUAAGCAUCACAGGUUUUUCUGUAAAUAACCAAGCCCAGCCCAGUUAUAGGUCUCAUUUUAAUGACUGCAGUGUCAACCUGAUCAUUUGUGAAGGUCUCUAGACUAUCUGUUCUUUGAAGUCAAAAAUCUUCUAGACUGGGCACAUGGCUCAUGCCUGUAAUCCCAACACCUUGGGAGGCCAAGAUGGGAGGAGAACUUGAGGCCAGGAAUUUGAGACCAGCCUGGGCAACACAGCAAGACCUCCAUCUCUACAAAAAGAAUUAGCCAGGCAUUGUAUGGGCGCCUGUCGUCCCAGCUACUUAGGAGGCUGAAGUAGGAUAACAGUACGAGCCCAAGAGUUCGAGAUCAGCCUGGGCAACACAGUGAGACCCCAUCCCUACAGAUAAAAACAAACAAACAAACUCCUGAACCUCUGGUCUUUGAGUUGGAGCCAUUUGUCUCAUGGUGUGUAGCUUCUUCACUGCAUGGAUUUCCAGUGGAUUAAAGGAACUGGAAUGCCUGUUUAUGGUGCUGACAUUGCUCUCAGUCCACAGUGACUUGUCUUACUUUCUGACGGUGCAAUGUUAUUUGACAAGACUCAAUACAACUUUCAGGGGGCAAAAUACUUUUCAGUCUUUGGUGCUGGCCCAGGAAGUGGCCCACAAACCAAUGUUAAUUCUAUGCAUUGUCAAAUCUUUGCUCUUGUGAAUAAAACUUUGAACAACUGGGCAA